AGGAGAAACAACUACUUCCGCAAACUUUAAGCGUCACCAAAACACAAACAGCCGCAGGACUCUGCGAGUUCAGUCAGGCUGUUAAAAAUGGCUCGUUGGGUUUUCAUUCUUUUAGCCGCUUUUCUCUCCGUCGCAUCGGCGCAGUUUGUGCCACCGUACACAGAGGACUGCCGGGCGGACAUGUAUCCUCCGAAUGGCCCGACGUUCAAGGGACCCGUCAGCUGGUACACCAUCGACCUGGACCUGCCGCCCAGCAAGAGAUGGACUGCUGUGAUCUCUGACAAAAAAAAUGAACUGGUCGGUAUGAUCCAAGCCAUCAGAGAUUUGGCCAAUGCUUUUGUGCCCAGUGGAAGGCUGAUAGAGCUGGUUGACAUCACACUGCCUUUAAUGGUGGACACACUCCCAAACCCGUUCUGUGAUGAGAUUAAGGGGAUCGCUGCCGUCUCUGGGGUUCCUCUUGGUGAGGUUGUUCUGUUUAACAUCUUCUAUGAGGUGUUCACUGUGUGCACAUCUGUUGUUGCACAAGAUGAGAAAGGGAACCUCCUUCAUGGCAGAAAUUUAGAUUUUGGAUUAUUUUUAGGCUGGGAUGUGAAAAACAAGUCAUGGACCAUCAGUGAGAAGCUGAAGCCUCUGGUGGUCAACCUGGACUUCAAAAGAAACAACCAAACAGUCUUCAAGUCAACAAACUUUGCCGGCUAUGUCGGCAUGCUCACUGGCAUCAAGCCUCACAUCUUCACUCUGACCAUGAACGAGCGCUUCACCCUCGACGGAGGAUACAUCGGAAUCCUGGAAUGGAUCAUGGGACAGAGAGAUGGAAUGUGGAUGAGCUUCCUCACUCGAUCUGUCCUAGAGAAUGCCAACAGCUAUGAGGAAGCCAAGAACCAGCUGGCUCUGACCAAAAUGCUUGCUCCAGCGUAUUUCAUCCUCGGAGGAAACCAAACGGGACAAGGCUGCAUUAUCACCAGGUCCAGGCAACUCAGUAUUGACGUGUUGGAGAUCAACGUGAAGCUGGGCCGGUGGUACGUCUUGGAGACGAACUACGACCACUGGAAGGAACCUUUCUUCCUGGAUGACCGGAGGACUCCUGCCAUGAAGUGCAUGAACCAGACAACACAGGCAAACAUCUCUAUGAAAACUCUGUAUGAUGUGCUCUCAACCAAACCAGUGUUAAACAAGUUGACCACCUACACAACACUGAUGCAAGUGUCUGAAGGCAAACUGGAGUCGUACAUCCGGGACUGUCCAAACCCGUGCAUGCCCUGGUGAUCCUCCCAACACCGACAGUGGGCUAGUUCGGGUAUCUUCACAGAAGAUGGCUCGGCUGAUCCCGACACGAAACACACAAGCUUUAACUGAUUGCGCAGCAACUGUUGACCUGAACCCCUGAUCAAAACACUGAAGUUCUUUAGACAUUUGGGUUUUGUAUGUAUGGAGUAUGGAGGCACAUUAAGUUUGGAGGACACUUCCAGCUGUUGUUAUGAGGGAAAUUAAACCUGUAAAUGUAUUUCAUCUUCUUAUUACUGUAACAAUCCAGCCUUACUAAAAAUGUUUGUUCUACCAACUAAUACUGACAAAUGCACCUCAGUGAUGACCUCUUUGUUUUUGUUUUUAUUUUUUAAAUGUUUAACAAAUGAAUUCCUAGAUUUUAUGGUCUGUUUUGUAACUGGAUUUUCAUGAUGAUGGAAAUAAGAUCUAAUCUACCAAGUAA